GAAAACUAAAAACCAGCUAAUGGCGGAAGAGGUUUUGUUAGCAAAGAAAAAUGGUUCCAUAUCAAACGGGACAGCUAAGUCUAGUUUUGGGCAAGGGAAUCGUCAAACUCAACCAGGGUUGGAGCUAAGGUUCCGGAAUCUUCAGUUCAAGAUAAAAGACAAACAGAUCUUAUACGAUGUCAGUGGGACGGGACACCCAGGAAAAGUGCUUGCUAUCAUGGGGCCAAGCGGAUCGGGCAAGACCACUCUUCUGAACGUCCUCGGGGGCCGGAUCAAAUGUUCACGUUGCCAGGCAACAAUAGGGGGGCAGCCCCUCACUAAGAGGACUCGUCGUAACAUCAGUUAUGUUCUCCAACAAGAUAUUUUCUUUCCCAAUCUUACAUUACAACAAACACUCAUGUUUGCGGCCCAACUCCGGCUUCCUGAGAGCUUAACGACGCACGACAAGAAAGAGAUCGUUGAAGGAUUAAUCGACCAACUGGAUAUGAGAAAAUGCACAAAAACAAUUAUCGGAGAUAAUAUGAACCGUGGUUUAUCCGGUGGUGAAAAGAAGAGGGCAAACAUUGCUAACGAGCUUCUUACGGAUCCUGCUGUCUUACUACUUGAUGAGCCUACCUCAGGUUUGGACAGCAGUACAGCGUUUGCGUUGACACUUUCGCUCAAGAAAUACGCUGUACAAAGCGGCAAAACAGUUAUGAUGACGAUUCAUCAACCAAGUGCACAGAUGUUUUUCCAGUUUGACACAGUGUUACUCCUUAGCGGGGGAAAAGUUGCUUAUUAUGGGGCUCCCAAUGAUGUACUUAAAGAUUUCAGUGAUAUGGGAUAUGCAUGCGACACUACGCAUUAUAACCCUGCCGAUUUUAUCCUUGACGUAGUCAAAUCCGGCAAUGAAUCAGCGGAUCGACUCAUUAGCGCCUCCAACAGGCGAAGAUUAAACACUCCCGAUUGUCCGAUACUUAAAUCCACCGUGAGCGCUCAUGAGCUACAUCAUGAAUCGGAAGGUGACAAUUUCACAAAUUUUAACAACGAAACAGCUGUUGAAAUAUCCAAUGGCAAACUUCAUGAACCAGAGUUGACUGGCCGAUACAAGUCUAAAGAAGACAUCGAGAACUCGGAUUCAUCAAUCGAUCGUUUUUCGGACGAGGAUGAUACAGAUUCUCGAUGGAAUACUUCGUUCUUUACACAGUUUAAAGUCCUCACACAACGCAGUUUUAUCCAGGGAAAAUACCGGUUCCUAUCCACCCUUAAAUUUGUAAAAACAAUCGGCGUUGCGUUAAUAUGUGGGUUGCUGUGGUUUGAGAUUGGUAGAGGCCGCGUACGAGAAGUGGAAGUCCAGGAUAUCACAGCUUGUUUGUUCUUUGUUACUUUGUUCAACAGUUUUAAUUCUUUGUUCGAUAUCCUCAUGGUCUUUCCCAGUGAACGUGAAGUAAUCAACAAAGAGCGAAUGAGCGGUUCAUAUCGUUUGUCCGCUUACUAUCUUGCAAAGUCUGUGAGUGAACUCCCGCUUGGUAUAAUACUCCCGAGUAUAUCAACCUUCAUUAUUUACUGGAUGGCUGGUUUGAAUGGAUUCCAAGAAGCUUGGGCUUUCUUUGGGACGUGGUUUGUGAUGAUCUUAAUGACAGUGGGGAUGCAAUCACUUGGUAUGUUCAUUGGGACAGCUACCAUGGAUUUCGACCACGCGCUUGUACUCGCUAUAUUCAUUAUGAUCACUUUCAUGCUGCUGGGAGGUUUCUAUAUAAAGAACAUACCAACAUGGUUGCACUGGUUGAGAUAUGUUUCUCCAUUUCAGUAUUCAUGGUCACUUAUGCUGUACAUGGAGUUUGACUCAAAUGAGAGAGUGCUGUGUUCUCCUGAAAACAGUAUGUUCCCAUCCUGUGUUGUAAAUGGGACCAUGCCUGGGAACGAAACUCGUUUUGUUGAAUUUAAAGAUAUUUUGAACGCAAAUGGUGCAGAUGUGCCUGCUUGGGCUUGUGUGCUUAGCUUGAUCGGAACCCUUGUUGUAUUUCGUGUCAUAGGAUAUAUACUGCUACGUAUGUUUCAUAAACCCAUGGUGAAAUAACUGUGCUUAUAUUGCUACUGUUGUUACCCAUGCAUAUUGUAAUGCUUUAAAAUUGCUCUUAUGGUCAAACUACAUGAACCGAUGUUUAUUUAUACCCUGAUGAUGUCUUGCCAAAUGGCAGACCUUACAUUGGUGCAAAAACUAAGUUUUUUUUCCAGAAGAUCAACUUUCAAUCAUUAAGUGUUUAUGUUAUUUCUAUUCAACCAAAAUAGAUUUCAUUCCUCUGUAGUUUGCCACUAAAGGUGCUAGAGAGAGUGGUGUAAUACGUGGUGAAAAAUACGACUGUGUUUUAUAUGUUUUCUAUGUUAGGAUGUACUAGUCAUUAUGUUACAAAUAAUUUAUUCACCUUUUCAAGUUCCUUUCUGCAAUUUCGUACCAUUUGUGUCAUGAUCCUCUUUAUGUAAUUAUCAUUUCUCUCCACUCAGCAAUACAAUCUCUUUCACGGAACACUUUUAAUUGAAAUAUAAAUGAAUCUAAC